CGUCUUCCAUUUUUCCCCAGAUGGUCCGUGCCAUGUACCGUGGUGGUGGUGGUGGAGGCUGGGGAGGCCCCACCGUGGUGUCACGCCGUGGUGCAGAAGGGCCGGAUGUGUCGUCACUCGUCAGCUCUAUCCAAGCGUUGCUGGAGAAAGCCAAGAACGGAAUAGAUGUUGGUGAAUUGGUUGCCGAUGCUGAUAAGAUUGGAGAAAUGGCUGGAGCCAUUGAAGACGGAACAGAUCAAGAAGUGGACCCCGAAAAAGUAAGACAGAUUAUUGAUGACGUGGCAAACACGUUCAACGGAGCUACUUCUGUCUCAGCGCUCUUUGACAACCCGAUGGACUUUGAUGCCAGCAAGAUGGACUCUGCUCUUCAUCUUCUGGAUGGCCUAGCGGCCAAGGCUCAAGAGAUACAAGAGGAUUUUGUCUUGAUCUUUGGGGCUCCACAAGCAGAUGAGAAACGUGAGGAAUCGAGAAAGAGAGUAUUUCAGCCUCUUCAGCCAAUUCUGAAAGUCACAGCGAUAGUCAGCGUCUGGCAUGUUUCGCAGAUCUGA